GGAGAAAGCAAUUCCAGCCUGUGACAGUGAUCCUGUUUGCAGGCCUGGAGGACGGCAGGGAUUCUCUCUGUGUGGCCCUCAGACCAGCAGCGUCAGGAUUGACUGGCAGCAGCGAUAGGAACGAACCAGAAUGGGUGACCCGGCGUGGAGUGUGAGGACCGCAAAGCUGGCCCUGGCCUUGGCCAUCAUCCACUCGAAGCCAGCAGGCAGCAGCGGCAGAGAGUACACGGAGCGCCUUGCCAGGGCCGUGUCUGGGCAGGAGUCGAAGGUCGAAGCCUUGGAGGCUGAAGUCCUGGAAUUACGUCAGAAACUUCUCCUGAGCAGGAUUUGUUCAGGGUUGUCCAAGAGCGGAGACCCAUCUUCCCAGCUUCAGGCUCAGGACCCUGGAAGUUCUGAAAACACAGUGACUCUGCUGGAAGAUUCUGGGUGUGAUUUGUCCAACGAACAGAGAACUGAAUCUUCAGAAGCGUCCCAGGAGUUUGUGGAGAGCCGUCCCCCCACCCUCUUUCCGCUGCUGCCCUCUCUGAAAAGGCAUCAUGGUGCUCCAGCAAAUCCUCUCUCUUCCCACAUGCAAUUCUUACAACAUCUCCUUGAACUGAAGACCUUGACGGAAUCAGGGCGUCUGAAAACAGACUUCAGCCACUUUGAAAACGACUCUUCCACAGUAUGUGAUUCUGUUUGCCAGUUGCUAGAUGGCCUAAUCACUUUUUACCGUAAUCCCAAAUUUCCUUUUUCAAGCUUUUGGACAGAAGCUGUUGACACUUUAGCUAGACUGAUUAGCGAUUUUAACUACUCUAAUCAUAUUCUUACGAAGUGUUCCAAGAAGUUGGAAGAAUUUGAGAGAACCUUGCUCCACGAUAUUGUAAGGAACAGGAAUAUAAAUCGGUUUCAGGUGCAGUCUUACGUCUCGCAGAGUCUGGUCACCCUGGGAAGUUGCCGCUUGUUGAGAAAAUCUGUGAUCUCUCUGCUUCUGUCGGAAGUAAACAGGUUCGCGGAGGACCUGGGUCCCGUCAGUCAGGUGCAAGCCGGUUAUGAUGUGACGCGCUAUGAAAAUAUUUUCUCCCUGUUCUGGAUUCUGGAGCAGCUUCUUCAGAAGGAAUCCGAGGAGGGCGACCCUUCAGGCAUCGGGCGCGACGACCAGGAGGCCCAGGCGUUUCUGCGGAAGCACGAUGAAACUGUCCUCCAACUUUCUGAUGCAUUUCCUUUAUUUACUCUUUACGUGUGGAGACUGGGCGUUCUCCUGAACUCAAUAGAGAGAAAAACUGUCGAAAAUAACCCACUUCCUUAG